AGAGUAUAAUCUGUAGAAUGAUGUAUUGAUUAUUUGUUAUCUGUGAGAAAAAUUGUCAGAAUUUGUUGUGAAUGUCAAUUGUGAUGUUUUCCAUUGUUAUUAAAAACAAAACCAAAAUUCUAAAAUCAUACUGUUUUGAUGCAUUUUAAGUUCCUCCUAAGAAGCUGCGAAGAAAUAUAUUGUUUAGUAAAAAUAAGUGUUGUAUAAUUUUCUCAAGAUGGGUAGUUUGGAUAGAGCUGUUAUAACUGGGUUUAUUUGUCGAUUAUGUUCAGAAAUGCACCGAGUCGUUAUACAUAUCUACGGCCACGAAGGCAUUCGUUUAAAUAUAUCUGAAAAAAUUAAUAAGUAUCUUUCAAUAAAUGUAUCACCUUCGGAUCCAUUACCAAAAACCAUUUGCAACAACUGCUUGGAACGACUUGAAAAUCAACAUAGAUUGGUGAUGCGCAUCGAACAAGCUGCUAAUUUUCUAAAGGGACAAUGAGAUGCUGAUAACUUGCUGCUUAUAAAUUUAAUGUCAAGUUACCUUGGUUUUUUUUACCAAAAUGGUUUUUGUAUAAAUGUAUUUGUUGUGAAGUCUCAAGUGCAAUUUCUGUAAGCCAAAAUGAAGGCACACAAUGUUUAUAAUUUUAGAGGUUUACAUUCCAGUCACAGGAAUGAACAUACUGUAUGUUAAUUUAAGUAUUCAUAUUGUUUACAUUAUUUUAAAAUUAGCUUAAUAUACAAGUCUUGCAAACUA